UCGAAGGAACGAGUGGAGGAGGAGGAGCGGGACAAGGAGGCGAGGCGGCGGGCGCAGCUCGGGCGGGACAGCGCGAUGAACCUCGAGGUUGACUUUGAGCUGCUCGGGCUCGGCGAGGGCGACACGCCCGACGAGGACGAGCCGGACGAGGUCGAGGGCAUCCCGCACCCGUUCGUGUGGGACCGCUGCGAGCCCGACCAGAUGCUCGUGUUCGCGCUCGACGAGCUGCCUGUCCUGUUCGACGUCAUCAUCUCGACCAUCAAGCCAGUGUCGGCGCGCAAGUUCCGCGUCAUCCCGGCCAACGUCCUGUUCUUGUGCGCGCGGUACGCGCACUACUUUGGCAGCGACGAGAUGGUCGACGAGCUCAUGUUUGGCGCCCUCGAGCGCAUCGAGGCGGCCGUACAUAAUCGCCCGGACGACAUGUCGGUCUGCGCCUUCUGGUUGUCCAACUGCCUCCUGUUCCUGCACUACCUCCGCAAGGAGCCCAACCUGUGCGCGGCGACGCUCGACUACCAGUCGCACUUUGGCGACCUCGUCAACGAGAUCUUCGUCUUUGUCAUCCGCGACGCCGAGCGGCGCAUCGACCGCGUCCUCGAGGCGGCCAUGCUCGAGCACGAGGCGCUCGCUGGGUUCGAGGACGUCGCAUUCGAGGACGAGUGGGCGUCGACGAGGUUCGUCAAGAAGCUCACCGGGCGCGCCAAGAAGGGCUCGAUGCGCAACUCGACGAGCGCCAUGAGCCUCACCGUGCCCGUCAACGAGGCGACCCCGAGGAGCGUCACGGCGCUCCUGUCGAGCACCCUGUUCAUCCUCCAGGCGUACGAGAUCCCGCCAGCCAUCAUCGUCCAGGCCUUCUCGCAGCUCUUCUACUGGAUCUCGUGCGAGGUCUUCAACCGGCUCCUGAAUCAGUGCAAGUACCUGUGCCGCACGCGCGCGAUGCAGAUCCGCCUCAACGCGUCGACGCUCGAAGAGUGGGCGCGCUCGAACCGCCUGCCGCCCAAACUCGCGUCGACCCACUUUGCGCCGCUCAACCAGCUCCUGCAGUGGCUCCAGUGCCUCUCGAGCGAGACGUCGAUCGACGGCCUCAUCGGCACGGUGCAGAGCCUGCGCGCGCUCAACCCGCUCCAGCUGCGCAAAGCCGUGCGCGAGUAUCGGUACGAGGUCGACGAGAACCGCAUGGACGAGGACUGCGCCCAGUACCUCGUCCAGAUCCGGAAGCAGUGGGAGCGCCUGCGCCUGCAGAAGGAGGCGGCCGCAGCGGCGUCGAGCGGCAGCGGCGCCGAGGGCGUCGGCGAGCCGGCGCCGACUUUGCCCGGCGGCGACGUCGUGCGCUCGAUCGACGAGGCGUUCGCCGACCCGACCGCGUACUCGUCGUACGCGCCGCCGCCGACAGAAGAGUCGACGGGCGAGCUGCUCAACUCGCGAUUCAUGCUCCCUUUCGCCGUCCCCUCGUCGCCGAGCAUGCUCGUGCACUUCAACGCGGCCGAAGCGUUCGGCCCGUUCGCCCACUCGAGCGCCCCGACGCGGCCCACCAGCUCGGACGGCACGCGCACGCCGCGCUCGUCGUCGCACCUCUCGCUGUCGUCCAUCUCGCGCCCGGCUCUCCCGACCUUCUCGAGCUCGACGACCGUGUCGGCGUCGUCGUUCGCCGACUCGUCCACCGCGUCGUCGCUCGCCCCAUCGCCCUCACCCGGCCUGCCCACCCCUCCUCCCCCGCCACCGC